AAAUAAUAUUACAGAGCCACUGUUAUGUUAGCUUAUAAACCAUUCUUUAAUUUACUUUCAAGCUGAAACUAGAUCAGGAAUCAUGUUGAUUCUCAUUGCUUUUUUUCACUUGUGCAUAACAGAUUUUGUAAAGAGCGCUACACUUCCUCCUUAUAUAGUUUUUCCAGAUGAAAGCCUUUCAGAUGAAGAUUUUGAAGUACCAGCUGAAGAUUUUAAAAGAAUAGCUGCAGAUUUUAAAGGAACAGCUGAAGAUUUUAAAAUAACAGCUGAAGAUUCAUAUCUAAUUACUGAUAUGCUUUCAUUGAAAGACGGAAUUGGUACAGCAAUAUGUCAAAUACUACGUUUCUCGAAAAGACUAUUGAAUAUCUUCAAUAGGGCCUACAAUGAUCUGGUGGGAAACCGAGGUAACUCAACCGAGCUAAACGAUAAGAUUGAAGACUUCGAUACCAAGUGCAAGGAACUAAUCGCCUACAUCGAUACCACAGCCAAUUCUACCGCAAUAAACUUGACGCAGAAAUUAGUAGUGGCAAUGAACAUAAAAUCAAUCAUAGAUGAACUGAGUAACUCAUAUUGACAUGUUAAUAUUUACAAACUGAAUAUUAUAUUAAAUAUUUGAUGUACAAAAUUAUAAUGUAAUAAAUAAAAUUUGUAAUGUUUAUUAAUUAUUCAUUAAC